UUCGCGCAUUCUCAUCUCUACUUCCAGUUUUCUCCCCGUCUUACCGAUUAUCAUUCAAAUUCGAGAAUCCGCUAGAUUCGUAAACGUAAAGACCACACCGUCAGUUUCACAGUGAACUCGUGUUGUUUAUGUCUUGCGGCGUGUUAUGUUUUCAUGUGAGAUGAGCGAUUUUUUAUCGAUUCACUUUUCGAAUAGUUCCACCGCAAGAUGAGCAGAUGAGUGUUUUAAGAGCACAUUUGUGUUGAAAUGUUCUAUAGAGUGAAGACGCCGUGCCGGAAAAUUCAUCGCGUUAUUGUCAAAUAAUUGAAAUUUGGAAAAAACUUGCUCAAAAUGAUGAUGAGGUUCAUUUUUCUGAGAUCAGUUCGAGUGCAGAGAUUUCUAUUCGUAUCGUUAUUCGGUUUCAUCGUCGCUUACUACGUAUGCAGUUUUUACUUAUGGGAUUAUGGAUUAGACCUAGAAACCAUUACCGAUUAUGAAGAUCAGGUUUGUCAUCAACCGAAACUUGAUAUAAAUAAUUCGGAAAUAAUGAAAUUCAUGGAAUACCAGCCACCUCUGAAAUGUAGUGACGAUGAAGACUGGGUACAAAUCGAAGGUAGCACUGUCAAAAUAACAGAAGCUGCGAAAAAAAAAUACGGCGACGUGAAAUGCAAAUUUGUUGACAUCAUGCGUUCCAGCGACUUUGGUACAUUUUUGGGUCACGAAACGACUACUCAUACGGAGCACGAUUUGGAAGAAAGUGAUUUUUUCCGGGUCUAUUGCCAAACUCAAUCUGGCAAAAAAUGGGAAAAUAGAAUGGCCGGCGCACGUUUGGAUAACGAUAUUUUAGAACGAGUCGGAUGGGAAUAUGUACCUAAGGAUGGAUUAAAACUUAACGUAUUAAUGUUCGGUUUCGAUUCCAUGUCCAGAAUGACAUUUAUGAGGAAAUUGCCCAAAAGUUACAGUAAACUGAAAUCUCUGGGUGCAAUAGUAUUAGAAGGGUAUAAUAUUAUCGGAGAUGGUACACCUCAAGCUCUUAUUCCUAUAUUAACAGGGAAAACCGAGUUAGAAAUGCCAGACACCAGAAAACGAAUGGGCUCGAAAGCAUCGCACGUAAAUGUUUAUCCUUUCAUAUGGAACGAUUUCAGGAAAUUUGGUUACGUAACUGGUUACAUGGAAGAUAUGCCUAAUGCUGGUGUGUUUACGUAUAGACUGAAAGGGUUCCAUUCUGAACCCACAGAUCAUUAUAUGCGAACGUGGUAUGUCGAUUCACAAGACCAUUUCAGAAACAAUAAGCCAUAUUGUAUGGGAUCCUUGCCAAGACAUAAGGUGAUGAUGGAUUAUGCCAAACACAUAUACACGGUUUAUCCAAACAAACCUAAAUUCAUUUUCGGUUUUCACGGUGAACUGUCUCACGAUUCUUUCAAUUUAAUUGGUGCUGCCGAUGACGAUGUAGUCGAAUGGAUCGAAUGGUUUGAAAAACGUGGAUAUUUAAAUGAUACGUUGUUAAUUAUGAUGAGUGAUCACGGCCACAGGUUUGCUGACGUGCGAAAUACUCAACAAGGCAAAUUAGAAGAACGUUUGCCAUUUUUUUCGUUCACGUUUCCAUCGUGGUUUAAAAAUAAGUAUCCGGAGGCUUACAGUAAUUUCCGAGAUAAUGUGCAUAGACUGACUACGCCUUUCGAUGUUCACAAAACUUUGAAAAAUGUACUGAAUUUUGAAGGUCCAGGAGUUGGUACAUUGGAUGAAAGAGGAAUUUCUCUUUUUAGAAAGAUACCAAAACAACGUUCGUGUCGAGAUGCUGAAAUAGAACCACAUUGGUGCGCCUGUUUGGUAUGGCAAACUAUCGAUUUCAAUACGAAAAUAAUUCAUAGAGCAGCGAAAGAAUUCGUCGAAUUUCUCAAUCAAUACAACUCCCAAUUUACGAACCUUUGCAAAAAGUUGGAUUUAGAUAGUAUUCGAGAUGCGGCUAAAUUAUUACCGAAUAAACGCGUAUUAACUUUCAAAGGAUCUCUCGACGUUGACGGCCAUUUACCAGAUUUAACGAAUAAAAUUAGAAUUACGUCCGAUUUGUAUCAAAUCAGGGUGAAAACUACUCCUGGUAACGGGUUAUUCGAAUUUUCUUCCAUUUACGAUAGAACCGACGAUCGGUUCAUAUUUCAGAUUCAAGACGUUAGCAGAAUCAAUAAAUACGGCGAUGAUUCACUUUGCAUUUACGAUAAUCAGGAACAAUUAAGAAAAUACUGCUAUUGUAAGAAAUAGUAAGACGUGUAAUUUGCGAAGAAAAAAAACUACCUACUUAUUUGGCUGUGGUUGAAUCAAAUUUUAUUCGGAGAAAAUAUCUCUACCAUUAAUAUUAGUUUCGCUUCAAGGUACUUAUUUUCAUAAAAACUUCGUUAAUGAUUUUUGAGAUACAUGCUCGUAUUGUAAUCAGUAAUCUAUUUGUACCUAAUUUGUUUUGUGAUGUCUUAUAUGUUUACGCUCAGUAUUGGUUCUCUUUUCUCUUUUUAAUUUAAUUUCUAAUUGAUGAAAUUGGCGUUUUCGUUGAUAAGUUCCUGUGCCUGAGAUAUUUCUUAUGAUGAUCAAGGUUACCAAGAGUGUCGCUUAGUAGAUGGAUAAAAAUGCUUUUUUUGUACUACUUUUUCAUCUGCCAUAUUGUAGGUUAUUCCUGAUUCAUAACAAAAUUUAGCGGUAUAAAUUUGAAAAAAAAUUACGAGUUAUUUGAUGUUCCUAGCGUAACACCAAAAUGUUACCUACCUACAUUUCUUUUGGCAUCUCGAUUAAUUUGUUUUCUCCUCUUUUAAUAUUAUAGUUACUUUUGGUCCUCUGUAUAGCUUAGUUUUCAGCCAAUCGUGGUAUUUACUUAUUCGUUAAAUCUCAAUACAGCUUGAACCAUAUUGUCUUCCACAAACGAGUAUAAAGUUGAAAAUCAAUAUUGAUGUGUUCCUUCGAAUCACUUACCUAAACCAUCCAUCUUAAUUGUUCUUCGAAUAUCGUCCUUAAAUAUAUUUUCAUUGUACAAAAAUACAACGAGAUUGGCUGCCAUAAUCAAGUAACUUAUGUAUUUUUAUUUUUAUGGAAAUUCUACUUAUAAUACCUAUUCAGUUUUUUAUUUGUUUUUAUGUCUUAUUUUUUAAAUUUAUUUUUUGUUAUUUUACAGCGAAAUUUAAAUUUAUCGAAGCAUAGGUAUUUAAAUUAUAUUUACGAUGAAAACGUUCAUUUAGAUGAUCUCUUAAAUUUCAUAGGUUUUUUUUUACAAGUUCUGAAGAGUGUUCUCAGUAAGUUUAGGGAAAGAUUACCUACACAGCCAACAUGCCUUGAAUUACCUACUUGAUGUGUUUUUUUUGCUCCACUUUAGAUUUGCUGGUCUUGGUAUUAUUCAAAAAUACUUACUUACUUUUUUUUAAAAAUUGAAAUCAUUAAAUUGGUCCAUUUCUUGUUUGAGUCAGUUAUAAACUAAGUCAUAUUUUACUAAGUUCGUUUUGAUCUAUCUAUACUUAUGAAAAGAAAAUAUGGGUUAUUAUUUCUUUUCUUUUUCUCUUUUCGCGUACUAUUAUUGUUAAGAAAUUGUGCAUUGGACUUGGUACAAGGUGGAAUAAUACCUACUUGCAUAAUUAAGUCGUAUUUAAUUACGUAAGUUCUGUGAAAAAAUAUAUAUUUUUCUUUUUUGCCCUUACAAUUAGAACUUUUGGAUUUUUGUACAUAUUUUUCAUGUAAUUUGAUAUUGUGGAUACGUUUCGAACAAGUUUUUUUUAUUCGUUUUAUUUUAUAUACUCGUACGUCGAACGAUGCACGAGCAAUAUUUCCAGGUUGAAUACGAUUUGUUUUCAUAUUAUUACAAUUACAUUCUGGUAGAAUAAGUUAAGAGGAGUAUGUUAAGUAUAUUAUGGUAAAACAAGACGAAAUGCACGAGCAUUUAGUAACGUUAAUGGGUACGAAUUUAUAAAUCGUCGUGCAUACCAAACGUUUUAAAUUUCAUAUUGUGAUUUAUUUUUUUACUUGAAAGUAUUUUUUACUGUAAUGAAAUACAUACGCUAGUCUUGUUUAGAAUAUAUAAACUAUUUUGAAUAAAUUCGUAAUGAAUUGAAAA